AUGGUUCCCAAAAAGAAGCUCCAUCUUAAUUUCUUUGAUAUGACGUGUAACAGCGCUCAUAUGGGAGUCGGUAUGUGGAAAAUCGACAACGAUAAUACCAGCAAAAAGGAUAGUCUGGAGUACUAUAUCUGGCUUGCAAAACUGGCAGAGAAGGGAAAGAUUACCGGGAUAUUCUUUGCAGACGUGUACGGUGUAGAUGAUGCUUUCCCCGGUCAAUUUGAUGCACAAUUCAAGGCUGGGUCUAAUUGCGCUCAAAUGGACCCGAUUGUCUUUGUGUCGGCCAUGGCUUCAGUCACAAAAUCGGUCUGCUUUGGGAUUACCGGAAGCACAUCAUACAUAAAUCCUUUCGUGCUUGCGCGAACAUAUUCUACCCUCGAUCAUGCUACUAAAGGAAGAGUGGCUUGGAAUGUCGUAACUAGUUAUUCUACUUCCUCGGCGAAGGCGAACGGUCUAGAAAAGGUCACAGCACAUGACAAGCGUUACGAGAAAGCAGCGGAGUACCUGGAGCUAUGUUAUUCACUCUGGGAGGGCUCCUGGGAGGAUGGCUCAAAAGUGUUCGAUAAGUCGAAAGACAUGGCUUAUGAUCCCACGAAGAUUCACAAGAUAAACUUUAUCGGUAACCACCACCAAACCUCAGCAAUCGCACCAGCGCAUCCUUCUCCGCAACGAACGCCUGUGAUCUUCCAAGCCGGCGCUUCUCCAGCUGGAAAGGCGUUCGCGGCAGCACAUGCAGAAGCAAUCUUCGUCGGGGGCGGGAAACCCUCAGACACAAUUGGAUAUGUUCAAGAAGUACGAGCUGCCGCGGCAGCGAAUGGACGCGAUCCCCAGCACGUCAAAAUAUUCCCUCAAAUGACACCUAUCCUUGGUAGGACGCUUGAGGAAGCACAAGCCAAAUACGAGCGAUACAAGGCGGCGGCGGACUGGAGGGGUGGCAUGGCAAAGCUAUCUCAGUAUUUGAACUGCGACCUGUCUAAAUAUCCUCUUGAUGAACCUUUUGACGUGAACUCAAUUGGAAAGUCCGACAAUGCAAUCCAUGCAAUGAUUAAUAUGCUGAAGCGCUUCGAGGGUCAAAAUAUUACACCCAGAAUUAUGGGCGAGAAGAUGGCUUUUUGCGGUUUUGGUCCAAUGCCAGUGGGAACUCCAGAGAUGGUUGCCGAUGUUAUGGAGGAUUGGGUGAACAAUGGGGAUGUUGAUGGCUUCAACAUUGCUUAUGUAUCAAAUCCGGAAUCCUACGAAGAUCUUGUAGAGCUCCUUGUUCCUGUCCUUCAAAAGCGAGGAUUGAUGUGGGAUGAUUACACUGUCCCAGGCGGAACCUACAGAGAAAAUCUGCUCAGCACCCCGGGAGAGCCCCUGACGCCUGCUGGACAUCCAUCCAGGAAUUUCAGAUAUGAUGUUUUGAAGGAGAAGUAUGCUGAUGCGAAUGGCGAUAUUACGAUUGAUAAGAGAGCGUCUGAAGUGAAGGAGGAGGUCAAACAAUCAGAAAAGGUCGUACCUGUGGUUGAGAGCGUCGUAGAAGCGCCGAAAGAGGUAUCUGUUACUGCCUAG